AUGGGGUCCUCACGAACCUGGCUGCAGAGUAUUCUGGGCCGUUCGAAAGAAAAGACAUUAUCAACCUCAGAAUCCAUUUCAACGACGGUUGGUCAGUCAUUACUUAUCAAGGAAUUUCCAGCAGAGCCUGUGGAUUCGUUGAUGCCAGACAAUCAUCAACGGGCUCUUAUUCUGAACGGAGUCAAGCAGCCAUAUGAAACCAUCGAGAAGCAUCCCGUGCCACAAAUCGAGAGCAGCCGGGAGAUUCUUGUACGGAACACUGUUAUCGGCUUGAACCCGAUCGAUUGGAAAGCACCAGAUUUCAAUUUUGGAAUUCCAACACUUCCCUACAUCUCUGGCAGAGAGUUGGCUGGCAUACUAGUUACUACACCAUUUAGCAAGAAAUCCCGGGUAGCGAAAGGCGACAGAGUGCUGGUCAUCUCCACCGACUACAGAGACUUACGAAAAGGAGCCUACCAACAAUAUGUGAUCGCAAAUGAUUUCAACACCGCCCGGUUGCCGCCAUCAAUAUCCAGUGAAACUGGAGCGGCCCUCGGAGUCGCCUUUGUCGCCGCAGCACUUUCGAUUGGGGUUUGUGCUGGAUUGGACUUCAGCCUGAUAUCUAAUGGGCCAGAUCUUUUGAAGUUAGUUCGAGGCAUCCCAGAAACACGACUACCAGAUGAUAUCAGGAAUGAAUGUCUCAAUGGAAUUGACCCAGCCGAGAGGCUACAGCAGGGCGACUGGCUGGCCGUUUGGGGAGGUUCGUCUACCAGCGCCUACAUCAUCUGCCAAUUAGCACGGCUAGCGGGCGUCCAAACGAUUAGUGUUCUGGAUUGCAAGAAACAUGGCUUUGCGCAGCACUCCGCCAGCGACUUCCCUAGGGCAGAUGUACUUAUCGACUCACACAAUGCCGAAAGAGCCGUCGACGUGGUGCGGUCAGUUGCCGGCCAGAAGCUCCGCUUCGCCGUCGAUACCGUAGGCAGACAGACAGCCAGCCACCUGCUACGAUGUCUCGGGCCUGAGCCGAUCGAGAAAAGCAUUUCACCAACUCCACCAUCAACGCCACGCAGGUCAAGUACUUCUGAUGAACCUCAGCAGCAUCAUCUGGUGGGUCUGACGGGCCUGCCCAAGGGGACUCCCCCAGCCGGAUACUCGUUCCACACCGUCCCGAUCAAGUUGUUCCAUGAGAUCCCAGAAGUGGGAGAGGCGUUGAUGGUGUGGUUGGAGAGACUUCUGGCAGAAGGGCUGUUGGCGCCGCCUCCGAUUCUGGCGGUGGAGCACGGGUUUGAGUCGGUGAACGCGGCACUGGAUCGUAUGCGUAGGGGCGAGAUCAGUGGUGGACGGGUUGUUGUUCGAGUCGACUGA